AUGACGACUCCGAGGUCGUUGUCGCAGAUCGUCAAUCACCGUCCACAUCUUCCGGACUGCCUCGCCUUGACCCCAAUGAACAGCCUGCGACCACUGGCGACGCGGCACUAUUCGACUACAAGAUUGCCCUCGACAUUUGUAGGACUGCGAAGUCUCUCCUCUCAACCGACCGAUGUAUCGAGGAACGCAUCGGCACCUCUGUCCAGGCCGAGCUCGUCAUGUUCCUUCAGUGCAUGCACGACCUUGCCAUCUCUACUACUCGGACACCAGAGGCGAAUGUCCCAACCUCUAGCAUCCCAGAUACGUGCUUUCUCGAGUACUCCUGCAUCAUGGAACCAGAACCAGCUUGCUCAUGCCGAACGCACUGCUAAUAACAACCCUACGAGCGCUACCGCACAAGGAACAUUCUACACUGCCCUCCUCCGAGCAAAUAUGCCAAAACUGGUUAUUGAACGCUACGAGACAGGAAGAUAUGCUAGUAAUGCUGCCUGCGAUUCCUCCUACCUCAAGGCGUUACAACUGACCGGCAGUACACCGGCCAGCAACUUCGCGCUGGGUCAACAAAGCAGUGGCUUAAGCUCAGACAAGUUGCAGGCUGUGGGGCAAGCAAUAGCUGGUCAAGUCAAAGGUGGCCAGAUGGUCCGUCCCGGCAACACUGCUGGCACGGGUGCAAAAGAGGCACCUCUGUAUGUCGUGGUAGAAGAGUCUUGGGGUUCCACUAUACUGAAAUGGGUGAAGACUCUCCUUUGGGUUGGCCUUGCUGGUUAUUUCAUGCUUGUGAUCCUGACCAUGGUCGUUGAAAUGACUGGCAAUUUCCGGACACGUGCAGGUCAGAGCAACGAGGUUCAGCCGCAGCACCAGACUGUUCGAUUCACCGAUGUUCACGGCUGUGACGAGGCCAAGGAAGAACUGCAAGAACUUGUCGAAUUUCUGAUCAAUCCAGAACGUUUCAAUCAGCUCGGUGGCAAGCUGCCUAAAGGUGUUCUCUUGACCGGUCCACCAGGUACUGGUAAAACUAUGCUUGCUCGUGCAGUCGCUGGUGAGGCAGGUUGCCCCGUCUUCUACAUGUCUGGUUCGGAAUUCGACGAACUCUACGUUGGUGUUGGUGCUAAACGUGUACGUGAUCUCUUUGCACAAGCUCGAAACAAGGCACCUAGCAUCAUCUUCAUCGAUGAGUUGGAUGCUGUAGGUGGCAAGCGAAAUGCAAGAGAUCCAGCAUAUGCGAAGCAGACCCUCAACCAGCUUUUGACCGAAUUGGAUGGUUUCAGCCCAAGUACUGGUGUCAUUCUUAUUGCGGCGACCAACUAUCCGGAAGCUCUUGACAAAGCACUGACUCGACCUGGAAGAUUCGACAGACGUGUAGUUGUCCCACUACCAGAUGUACGAGGCCGUAUGGAAAUCCUAAAGCAUCACAUGAAGAACGUCCCCAUUACUGGUGAUGUUGAAGUCACGAAUCUAGCACGAGCAACCAGCGGUAUGUCUGGCGCCGAUCUUGCAAACUUGGUCAACCAGGCUGCAGUGCAUGCAUCUCGAAUGAAGUACAAGAAGGUUGGACCUAUGGACUUUGAAUGGGCCAAGGACAAGAUAUUGAUGGGUGCCGAGGUCAAGUCGAGAAUGGUACGUGAGAAGGACAAGAUCAUGACAGCCUACCACGAAGCUGGACAUUGUCUUGUCAAUCUUUUCACAGCCAACACAGAUCAGCUUUACAAGAUGACUAUUAUUCCUCGUGGUCAAGCACUUGGUGUCACACACAUGUUGCCUCCUAUGGAUGAAGUCAGCAGAGGCUACGACCAAUAUAUCGCUCACAUCGAUGUGGCCAUGGGUGGUCGUGCAGCUGAAGAACUUAUUUUUGGAGCAGAAAAGGUCACGAGUGGAAUCACUUCCGAUUUGUCGUCGGCGACACAGAUAGCCCACCAUCUCAUCACGAGAUGUGGUUACUCGAAAACAUUGGGUAAUAUUGACUACAGCCAGGAUUAUGACAAGCUCUCAAGUGAUACAAAGCAGCAGAUCGAAAGAGAGGUGCGCGAGCUCGUAGAGGGUGCAAGACAAAGAGCGGACAAGCUUCUUCAAGAUAAGAGGAAAGAGCUUGAAGCUCUGAAAGACGCGUUGUUGGAAUGGGAAACUCUCGAUAAGGCGCAAAUUGAGAAAGUGCUAAGGGGUGAAAAGCUGGAAAAGAUUGAAGUUGAGUUAAGGAAGGACGAUGAUAAUAACAAUAACAAUGACCCGCCGAGGGGGAAUGCUCCCCAGGAGAAGAAGAGGAAGGAGACGAGUCAACCAGGAGGACUUGGUAUAAAACUACCUGAUGUUUUGUUACCUCCAGGAGCAGGCCCGAGAGGAAAUGAGCCUGAGGCGCCGACGAGAAACGCCAGUAGAUGA